UGUCGACCGGCGAAUCGCGAGUCGCGAACGACGAAGACGAAUAAAAAAUUCAAGAUAAGGCAACAUUGUUGCACACCAUAUGGAUUUCUGCUAAUAUGUUUGAGAAUUUGUUUCGAAGCUCGAUAUUUUGAUGCAUUGCAUAGUUGUUUGGAUUUGGAAUCAGAAAGUUGUGGAAUCCUGAACAAAAAAAAUGGGUAAUUGGUUUUCAACUUCGCAAAAUGGAAUACCAGAACCAGACACUUUAAUACGUAUCGGUUCUGAUGCGGUUGAAAUGGCUCAACGAUCUCGUUUUGAUUUGACGCUGAUCGGCGAAAAUGAAUCCGUAUAUCCGAGGAGCUUAUUUGGUUUCUUGAAUUGGUGGUUCUCAAUACCAAAGAGCACAUUUUGUUUCGAUUCCCUUAAAUUAGAUAAAUCGAGUAGGCAUUGCCAGUCAUUGACUAAUGAAAUUAAAGAAAUCGUUGAAAAUAUUGCUGUAACGGAAGAAGAAGCUGAACGUAUUGUUUCAAAUAUAAAAAAUGAUUUGGUGAAGGCAUUUCGGAAUCCAGAUGCGAUCCGGCUUUGGCAAUGUUAUGGCUCAUAUAGAGAUGGAUUGUGCAUUCGUAAUAGCAACGUGGAUUUAUAUUUUGGUUUGGACAACAGAGACGAUAGUGGAUUCUUAUCAGGUACUGACCAAGAGACGAUACACAGACGAAUAGAGCAAUUACUACAAGCAUCUCCAGCAUUCACCAAAGUACGUUAUAUACAAACGGCAAGAGUACCGAUAUUCAAAAUGUAUCAUCGCGCUUCCGGAAAUCAUGUUGACAUAUCGACUAAUCCGACCAGUAUCACGAAUACCGAAUUGAUGAAAUUCUACGUCCUUACCAAUCGAAAUGUGAAAUACUUGACCCUGUUUCUGAAGAAGGUAUUAUCAAGAUAUGGCCUACACGGUACGAACAGAUUUACCACAACCAUUUUAUUUUGGUUGGUUGUUUUCUUCAUGCAAAAAAUGGAUUUAUUACCUUCCGUAUUCGAAGCACGUAAACUCCGGAGAAAAAUUGAACAUUAUGACGGUUGGGAUCAUAGCGUUCCUAAUAUUGAAGGAACGAAUUCGACAACCGAUUUCGAAGACCUAUUUCCGUUGUUCCUCAAUUUUCUAAAAUUCUAUAAAGAAUUUGGUUUCUCUCAGUAUGUAAUCUGCCCGUUAAUUGGACGCGAAAUUCCGAUUCAUUCGUUUAAAAAUCUACAGUUUGAACACCCAGCGUUUAACGUUUAUGUGGAGAAACUAAGACAACGCAAGAUCAAUGGUUUUCCCAUAAGUUACAUUAAUCUUCAAGAUCCGACAAUACAUUGUAACAAUUUGGGCGAACAGACUGGUAGAUGUAUCUUCAACUCGUUCAAGAUAUUUUGUCAUCAUCUGUACGAAAAUUUCACCACAGCAGAUGGAUGUGAAACAGAAGUCUUGGAAGACUGUUUACCCUCUUCCCGUUUAUCCUUUCGCUCAUUACGUGUUGAAAACAAUUGGUAUUGGCUCACACAGUGCUGUACAGAAACUUUGUCUUUGACAUUACGCGGAAGCCGAAAUUCCCAAGAAAGCUUGAAUCCCAGACGUGUCAUAAUAAAUGCCAUUCGUGCUGUAAUGGAGGACAUUUUGAGUUUUAAUUGCGAUUACAUUGUUCCAAUGAACGGCGAUAUGAGAAAAAAUAAUGAUGAAGAUGUUUCGUACACCUAUUUUCAACUAUCGGCAAGUGCAAAAACAUGGCAAAAUCCUUUCAUUUGUCGAAUUUUCAAUUUGAGUGGCAUCCCUAGGGAUAUAAACGUAGCCCAACUGUCGAAUUCUAUUUACAUCGUUAAAAUAAGUGCGACGAAAAAAGGUGUGAAACUGGAGAUUAUGAUGGAAAGCAAUCAGUACUUGCAUACUUUUUUUAUAUCAAGCUUGCGUGCAAUUUUGACAACUGUAUUAAAACAAGGAAAUAUCAUUGCUCGAAGUCGAACUUAUCGUCCGCCUAUAGUCCAGCAAUUCCAGGAUGAGCCGGUUAGCAUUUUUCCUGAUUUCGACGAAUGUGAAGCAUAUGAAUUUUGAUCCGUGAUCCAGAGAUCGUACAUUUUCGAAUCAUUUAACGAAUCAUCAUCAACACCAUCGGCCUUACUUUUUUCAUUUUAUCUCACUUUUCAUUUUUAUAUUGAUUUAAAGUUGAAUUCGGGUAAUUUUUUGGGGAAAAACAAUACCUAGGUACUUUAAAUUUUUUUUUUUCAAAAAAACGAGAAUUUUUGUCAAUUUUUUGAAAAAGCGAUAGGGCAUAGGCUUUAAUGUCUGACAAUUUGUUGACAAAAGUAAGACUUUGACGGAAAUUGCUGGAAAAAAAUUGACAGUUGGCAAUUUUUGAUAAAAAAAAGUGACACAUUUGGGUACCUAAUUUUUGGAAACAUUUUUGACAAAAAAGCGAGACUUGACAAGUAAUUUUUUGCAAGAAAAUUAACCAAGAUUUUUAGUAAUUUUUCACAAAAAGAAAUUGUUAGAAAGAUUGGUAAAAACAAAGUGAGACUUGACAAUUUUUGAUAUUUUUGUUCUGAAGUGAAAAUUUUUAUCAAUUUUUGGGAAUAAGCUAAACUUUUUGGAGAUUAGGUAUUGGCAAAAAUUUAUAUUUACCUACUUUAUCGCAAUUACUAUCGAAAAAGUGGAUUUUUUUGAUAUCAUAGAGACAAAAGGCAAGACGUUGAAAAUUUCCCCAAAAAAUCAAGGCUUUAUGGCAAUUUUUUGAACAGAGAGCGAAGUUUUUUUGGAGGAAUGGUGAGACAUUUGGAUUUUUGGCGAAAGAGCCACAUUUUUGAGUCAUUUUUGAUUUAAAAAAACAACACUUUCUGGUAAUUUUAACAAAAGCCGAGACCUUUCGCAAUUUUUCGCUGAAUCAUAAUGCUGAAAAGAAAAAGUAACGUUGGGAAAAAAUAAAAAAGUGAAUAUUUUGGUUAAUUAUUAUUCCACUUGAUGUUAUUAAUUUUUUUCAUUUUUUGCUUUAAAAAAUAUGGCCAAGAUUUUGGAAACGUGGAUUUUUGAAAUUUCAAAAAAAAAAAAAAAACAAGUUCAGUAGUUAUGACUCAAAAUUUUGAACGAAAUGAUUUAACUUUUAGUACUUUAGUGACCCUAUAUUCUCCAACGCUGAAAUAUUUCAUAAACUUGUAGUUAUUAUCAAUUGUUAUCACCUUAUGUCGUUAUAUCAUACCUAUUAAUGUCAUUUUAUGCAAUUUUAUCUAAAUUUGUUACCAUUUAAUUAGAUAUGUUAUUUUUUAAAGUAAUUUUUAAAAUUUUUAAUGAAAAUUUCGAAGUUUUUCUGUGAUAUUUACUCUACGAUCCUAACUAUUAUUGCCUAAUUUUAUAAUAAUGUUUGAUCGUUUUUCCUGAUUUGCAGCAAUUUAUUUGAUACUUGGACAUUUUUGCGAUGAUAUUUUACCCAGAUUUCGUCACACAUUUUUUCAAAUUUCAGCCAUUUGCCAUUUCUAACUCCUUACAUAACAUAUUAACAAAUUUUGAAAUAAUUUUUCUCAAGUAUCCAAUAUUUUUCUGAUUUUUUUCCAAUUUAUUAUGAUACUUUUCUAUAACUUAGAAGUCAAUUUAUAAAUUUCAAGCAAUUCUUAAAAAUAUUUCAUAUUAAAUUUUUUACAACUUAGGCAAGAGUUUAUUCAAAUUCCAAGACAUUUCAUUGAGUUUUAGUAGUUUUAAUAUGUUUUCAUGGCAAUUUAACAAGUUUUUAACGAUGAUUUAAUCAAUUCUUCAUCGGAUUUUUUUCCAAUUUAACUCAUAUUUUAUCAAUUUUUGGUUUUCCACUUUUGUAAUAAGUAUUUGUUCAACAACAUUUUGUAAUAGGUAUUUGAGUACUUUUUCCCAAAUAAAUGUUUAAAGCAAGUUUUGCAAAACUUUGCUCUGUUGCAUUUUUUUUGGAUAAUUGAAAAACUAGCUCACCUAUGCAUUUAAGACGAGACAAAUAUAAAAAAUCUGAAAAGAAAAAUGUUUGAGCAAAAUCAGAAUACUCGAACUCAAAACUGGACUGAUUCAAGUAAAAAAAAUUACCUACUGUUCCCGAAAAUUGUCAUACUUUACCUACUUGCUCGUGUCUGUUUUUCAAUUUCGUAACUUUGUGCCCUUUUUUUGUGAAAUAGACACCACAUCCUGAGUUCAGCGAUUUCAAAUCGUUCUUGGCGUACUGAAAUUUGUGGAAAACGUUUCUCAAUCUCUUUCCAUUUUUCAAUUUAUUUUUCAUUCAUUUUUUUUUUGCCUACAGUAGUAAGAAAUUUUCAAAUUUUAGGAUAAAAAAGUCUCAUUUUGCAUUCAAGAUGAACUAAUUCAACAUCUGAGAGCAAUAAAAUUCCGAAAAAAUUCUUCGAAGCGUAAAAAAACUCCAUGUGGAGAAACCCACCCGCAACCCCUUCUUCGCCCACAAACACCGACACAACCUCUCAAUUUAAAGGUUUAUUUCAUUAAAAAAUAGCCAUAGUACAACAGUAAAAAUACACUAAAAAUUAAUUCUUUUAAACAUACUGUCUUAAGUUUUUAGUCUACUUUAUUAUGAUUUUAAAAAAUCUAAUAAAAAAUAAAAUUAUAUUGUUUCACGACGA